AUGUUCAAUAUAGAUUCAUUAGCUGCUCUUCCUUUUGAUAUGUUUCAUCCUUUAUGUCAGAAGAUAGAUAAAACAAUCUUAAAAUUUAUUAGAACAGCAUAUGAAAAACAAAAAACAGAAGAACCACCAAAAACUUUGUUCAUUCAACCAGAUACAAAUAUUUGUUAUCUUAGUCUUGUUUCUCCUCACCAUGAAUCUACACCUGAAGCUUAUUAUUCAACGUACGUUAAAGGAUAUUCAAAUGUUAGUUUUAGUACUUAUCCAGUAUUAAAUGGUGAAAAAUUUGGUAAACCAAUUGCUGAUUGUACUUCGGCAAAUAUUUAUAAAGAUUUUGCUGUAUUUUGUAUUGCUGAUGGGUGUGGAAUGGGAAAAAGGCCAGCGGUUUCUGCACAUGUUGCCUGUGAAAAAUUUACUGAAUACGUUUCUGUAGAAAUUCCCAAAACAAAAACACUUGCCAAAGCACAAAAAAUAAUUGUAGAGGCAAUUGCCUAUGUUCAAACUGCAAUUUUACAAACUCAAGAAUUAUCUACAGACGCUGGACUAACUACAUUUCUUGGGGUGGUAGUUUUAAGAACUGGGACAAGUUUUGCAUGUAUGUAUUGCAACAUUGGUGAUUGUCGGGCACUAGUUAUUGACCCAAGAAGGGCAAUAGUAAAUGAAUUAAUUGAUGAUUAUUCAGGAAGGGUUGAUGUUAAAACAACUGGAGGAAGACUUGGACCAGUAGAAGGAGAUUAUCCUGAAUUAGAUAAUUUUAAAUGUGGAAUUAAAUUUUGUAGUGCAGGAAGUGUUAUAGCAUUAAUGACAGAUGGGGUGUGUGAUAAUUUUGAUAUUAAAACAUAUUAUCAAACUCCUAAAGAAUGUGAUUUAAGUGGACAAGAAUGGAGCGACGAUAACUUAGAGCAUUGGGAAAAAAGGAAAGAAGUAUUUUAUUCUUCAUUUUUGAGUUUAUUUCUUAAUGAUUCAUUAGAAGAACUUUGUUUUAAUUUGUAUAACUUUAUUAUACAAAAAACAAAACAAGCAAGAGAGUGUAAAGUAAAAAGAAUCGAAACAUUUGUUGGAGGUAAAAUGGACCAUUCCACAUUUGCAUGUUUUAGGCUCGAUGACACCCUCUUUAAUGAAAAAAUAGUUAUGAAGAAAAAGAUGAAAAUACCAGAUGAUUUACAUGCAUGA